UUGAAUUAGCCUCAUGUUACAAGGAAGCCUGAGCUGGAUGGAGAGGAUAUCUUUUCCUCGCUCGCCUCGAGUACCUUAAGUGACGGUUUUUCAUGACCCAUCCUCGUACGUCCCUCUGCCAGCCAGAAGGAGUCCUGCCUUGGAGCUACUGCUUGUUGUAGUGCUCAAGGCAUAACCUACAUUUGUUUUGCUUUGUUUUGUUUUGGCUGUUUGUUGGCUUCCAGGAGGGGAUCUGAUGCAAGGGCAACUGUUUGUUGUAUUUUCCUUUGCGUCUUUCCCUGAGGAGAGGUACCAAGUUCUGCUGCGAGUAUCUAGGAGGCUGAGACUUUCUCCUCUCUUGAGCCGGUGUUGCAGAUGGUGAUGAGGCCGCCACGGUUGGAUCGGGUACAGAUCAUGUUCCUCCUUCUGCUAAUUUUGAGCCUGGGAAUGCAGCUUCAUCAGACAGCAGCUUUAUUUACAGUGACGGCCCCUAAGGAACUGUACACAGUAGACUAUGGGAGCAAUGUGACCCUGGAGUGUCACUUUGACACUGGAGGUCAUGUGGAACUCAGAAACUUAAAGGCCAGUUUGCAGAAGAUGGAAAACUAUACAUCCUUGCAGAGUGAAAGAGCCAGCUUGCUGGAAGAGCAGCUGCCCCUGGGGAAGGCCUCAUUCCACAUCCCUCGAGUGCAGCUGACAGACGCGGGCCAGUACCGCUGCCUCAUCAUCUACGGCCUCGCCUGGGACUACAAGUACCUGACUCUGAAAGUCAAAGCUUCCUACAAGAAAAUAAACACUUAUUUACGUAGGAUCCCGGGGGUAGAUGAGGUAGAGCUCACCUGCCAGGCUGAAGGUUAUCCGUUGGCAGAAGUAUCCUGGUCAAACCUCAGCGUUCCUGCCAACACCAGCCACAUCAAGACCGCUGAUGGCCUCUACCAGGUCACCAGCAUUCUGCGCCUCAAGCUGCACCCUGGAGGGAACGUCAGCUGUGUGUUCUGGAAUGCUAACAUGGACGAACGUUUUUCAGCCGUCAUUGAAUAUGGUGAGAGUGGUGGCAAAGAACCUGACACCUCUUCAAACUGGCUGCUUCAUGUUUUCAUCCCUUCCUUCAUCAUUGUUUUGAUGUUCGUAGCUACAAUGAUAGGCCUAAGAAAACAGCUCUUCCAAAAGCUUCCUUUUAGAAAAGACACAACAAAAAAAUCUGUUGCUGCCAUAAGGAGGGAAGUGGACAGAGCUAUUUGAACCUGUGGUUUCAGGAGCUGGGGUGACCUGAUGGGACAUGCUUAAGAAGCUUCUGGACUCUGAACAAGAGAGAGGCAGCACCAGGCCACGUGUGCUCAGAGGAAGCCAGGCACCCCACCCCUCCCAGAUCCAGGCGCUCACCUCCACAGCUGUGACUCUAAGCAAAGCACGAUAGCACUUUAGGAAAUGACCACCCUGGAUCGUAGACCCCAAUGAGUGUUCUGAGGCUCCUUCUUGCUGCCAGGCUGAAAACAAAGGGAAUUUCCCCCCCUGCUUUUCCAAAGUGAUUUUCAGAAGCAGAGAUGAGUGGAAAUUUUCAGUUGCAGAAAUGGACCCAUUGCCAAUAGAGUUAUUUUUAUCUGCAGUUUCUUCUUGAUUCCAGAAAAGCCUAUUGAGUCCAUGAACUCACAGAACUUUAAACAGAGUCAAGCCAUAAUUUGCUUAUCAUAUGGUUUAGUGGAAUCUGGAAAGAAUCUGAGUUAUUUUAAUUAACAGAAAGCAUUUAAGUACACAGUGGACAACUCCAAUUGUGGAGAAAGGCCAUUGAGUAUUUCUGUGAGAUCUAAAUCACAAAGCAUUUGUUUUAACCUGUAAUGGCACCAUACUAAAUGAUUUUUUUAAAACUCCAUCUUCCCUUUUAAAAAUGCUGUUUUUUUUUUUUUUUAAACCUCAGAAGCCAAUGGCAUACAUUAAAAAAAAACCAAAACGCUAAUAUGCCAUACGUGCAAAGAUUUCAGAUGGGUACCCAUAAUGGUCAAAGCCCCAAAUGAAGGCUCCUUUCCUGGCCCUCUCUCUGACUCUAAACUCCACCUUUCAGUGUCUCUGUCCCUGUCUGUGACACAGAGACACUCACAAGUCAAGACCUUUGAUGGCUGGCACUGUAGAAAUGCUGUGGGAUCCCUUUGUGUGUGUCAUCGAGGGGGACAGUAACUGCAUGCCGUGACAACCGGUAAAUCCUGUUAAAUUUGGUCUGUGUGCUGCAGUCGGGAAGUUCGGAGCACUAGUUAACCUAGGACGUACCCAGAUGUGUGCAUUGUUGAGCUCAGCAGAGUCCUGGGUUAGCGGCCUAUCUCUCUUGUCUGGAGCCAUGAGGAUUGGGGCACAUGUGAUAGCUUCCCCUUAGACAGUGAGCUCCUGGAGGGCAAGGAGGGAGCAGAUUUUGCUAAUGCUGCAGCGAGCUGCCUCAGGCACGAUUGACUCUAAGACUCCUCCUAAUACGGAAGAGAACGGUUACAUGUAAUAUUCUUACUUUCUGUGACUGUAAUAUGAAUGGCUAAAAAGAAGGUAAUGGCAAUCCUUAAAAACAGAAGAACUGGAGGAGUUGUGCGUCUUUAAAAAAGAAAAAAGUACCUUUUACAAAAGAAGCAAAAAUAACAUUUGGGAGAGUUUGAGGAAUUGAGAAAGGCCGAACAAACAGAAAUCACCUAUGAUCUCAUCAUCUCAACACAAGUAUUUUCGUUUUUGCUGUUGGCGUUUGGUCCUUGUCCAGACAUGUACACAAUUUCAGCCAUAGUUGUGAUUGUCUAUCCUUUUUUUUUUUUCCCCAAAUUUGUCAUUGUACCACGGGUUCCCACCCAUGCGGCUGACUAGUCCUCCUAAGUAUCAUUUUUAAUGAAUGCAUGAGUCGCAUAUCAUAAUGAGUGGGGAUUGGGCCCAAACUCUCUUCAUCCUCUGACUGCUAUAAGCCCAUAUUUUGACUAGCGGCCUACAGUGACAUUUAGGGUUCCUAAGGAUUAGUAUCGUUUCAGAGUAGUGUUUAGGAAUCCCUGAAAAGCCUGGGUAUUUCCAUUUCCCCCAGUGCACAGACACCUUCAUAAUGACCUCAAGUCCCUUUGGGGAUGGCUUUGAGGAAGAUCUACAGUAUGCGGUGUUGUUGCAGGUCCUUUCUGAGAACUGGGGAAGAAGCUAUGACUCUCAAUUGUGAAAACUCAAGUCAGAUUUCUAUUAUAUAAAUCAAGUAAUGCUUUGGUAGGCUGGCCGUCAACUUCAUUCUUAGGGCCAACCACCACUGAUGAUUUCCUGCAAGUAAAGAAUUCUGAUGACUAUUCUGGGAUCAUGUCCUCUCCACUGAAAACAGGAAGCCCAUCUCAGGGGCAGCAUCUCCUCCCAGCACCCUUGGCAUGCAGAAAACAGCCACCUGGAGGUGUCCACGGUGGCUGGGGCUCCCUCACUAAUGCAUUUCUCAAUGCUUUGGUGAAGGGAAUAUUCCUUGGGCCCUUUGAAGGUGAGGAAAGAUGCACAGGUUACAUAUGAUAAAUUACUCCAUUAUCCCUAACUCCUUAAGCCUUUAGGAUCCUUCCUGUACAUUAUUCCACAGAAAUUCUAUUAACUCAGUGUCACUGUUGAACACAGGUUUCAGCCAAAACAACUAAAAACACAGACCACUCCCAGCUGCUCGAACUCCUACAUUCAUUUCAGCUUGCUUCCACUAUAUAACAAACCUUAUGACUUAUGUUUCUCACUUAUGCUUUUAUGAUUGUGUACAUUAGCAAUUCAAGCUGGGUUCAGCGGGGCCGACUCAUUUCUCCAUCAGCUGGGCUCACUCACACAUUUGCAAUCAGUUGACAGAUUGCUUGGAGGAUGCUGGUCUGAAGUGGCCUCACUCACAUGUCUUGGAGUUGGUGCUGGCUGUGGGCUGAGCCACGCACCUUCGGGAGGUCUAUCCGUGCUUUUUUUCAGUAUGGAAGCUGAUCCAAAACAGCAAAAAGAGGGCCAAUCCCAACGCGCAAGUAGUUUUCAGGUUUCUGUUUGCAUCACACUUGCUAAUGUCUCAGUGGCCAAAGCAAGUCAGAUAGCUAGGCCAAAAUCAAUGUGGAAGGGACUUACGUGAGGGCCUGAUCCACACAACGGUAUGAUUCCCUGGGGGCUAUUGCUGUAACAAUCUACCCGAGCAUUAAGUCCAAAAACCUAUGAAGAGCAGAUUAUAUCAGGGUUACCUACAUUUAGCCCCAACCCAAUGUUGUAUCCUGUUUUCCUUGGUCCGAUACCCUUAGAGUCCAUCUCAGUGUAGAUUAGUUAGGUUUCUUCUAGUAUAAAUUUAACAAAAUCAUGUAAUUCUUUUGGAGUAAAGUCUUCUCCUCCAAAACAAGACUCUGCCCUUCUCCCCCUGAAUAUGCUGGGAUCUGACUCUAAACAAAAGCCCAACGACCACAAGAGCCGAGAGCGGUGGGGUUUGAAAAGGAUAGGGGGUCUCCAUGCAAGGGGACUGUCUCAUCUGAGCUAAUUACAGGUUCCCAAGCAAAGGAAGUCUGGUAUCAGCAAAUAGAAAAUGAGAGGCUUCUUCCAAGGGAAGCUCAGGGAUAUUGAGGCAUUAGGGGCGGUCAAAAUUUUCAGCUUCGUCCAAGUCCGCCCAACAUUCCUUUCCUAGUUGUCAGGGUCCUAUCCUUCCAAAUUCCUGCCUCAGCUUUCCCAUGUGAGACUUGGCCGGUCUGUGACUGUUGGACUUGGGUCUGAUUGUUUAGAUACAUCUGUCCUAUAACUAAAAGGAAUAAGAGAUGUGUUCAGGGCAGGCUCAGAAGCCCUCUCAUGCGCUGAAGACUAUUUGAGCUUUUGAGCUGUAAGCUCUGCCUGCGCCAUUAGUAUGUCUCCAAAACCCUGCCUCCUGCUGACACUCAACCUAGUUUGGAUAGCCCCUAGUGUAAUGAAUCACAGUGCCACUGUAUGCUGACUACCCAUUCCCAUUUUCUACCGGUCAAGUGUUCAGCUCUGAGUUUGAAGCAAAUCCAGCCCAGCAUCCUGUUUUUCAGAGUCUGUUUCCUAGGAUUACUCCUGGUAUCCAGUCCUUUACCAGCCAGCAUCUGGUCAGGAAAGUGGAAUGGAUUUAAUAUUAGGAAUUGGUUAUAAAGAUAGUAGAAGGUAGAAAGAGCAAAAAGUAGAUAGCAAAGAAACCCAAAUAUUAGAGCUACAGACAGCAGCUAACUUUCUGGCCUGGGCUGCUUACCAAAGUGACAAGUGCAGGAACUGGAAACAGGAAGGAAUUCUCUGCCUCCCGCAUUCCCAUCUCCUAGGGCCUCCCAUCUAUUGAACUUUACAUGAAGUCAGCUGGCAAGGGAAUCUGGUAGAUACAGUUUGCUGAAUUCCAGCCCCUUCCUGGCAGGAAGGUAGGUUUGGAACUGAGAACAGGAGGUAAAGAACCAACCAAUUCCUGCACCAAAACUUAUCUAGGUAAAUGGAGAUCUAUUCCCUGAGAGAGGAAAAUACAGAGACAAUGGAUUCCAGUUACACUGCAGCACAAGGAACAUUCUUAAACUUUGUGGCAUUUGCCCAUAUAACAAGAGCCUAAUAUAUAUUUAUUGAUUAACUGGACAAGAAGAUAGCAAUAGAGAACUGCUUUGGCCAAGAACAUAGAAUAAAAUAAAUUAAUUUUUAAAUGCAUUUUGUAGAAGAAGUUGUAUCAGUUGCAUCAUUUGGUUGCAAUUGAAAGAAAACCUGAUGCAAAUGGGCUUAUAUUAAAAAAACAGAAUGCACUGGCUUAUGUCACCGAACGGCUAAAGGUGUGGGCGGGCACAGGGGUCUAACGAUGACAUCAGGAUCCAGUUUCCUUCUACCCUCUCUUCCCUCUGCUUACCUUUUGUUGACCUAUUGUCAAACACGACUUUGUAUUCUCAACAGCAGGCUCCUCUUAGGGGAAGUAAACUCCAAAUAGCAUGUUUUCCUCUCAGUUCUGUUUCCUCUCAGUCCUAUAAAAAUAGAAUUCCAUGUUAAAACAGAACAGCUACAAGAAGUACUGAGGAAGCAACGAAUGCCCAGAAUUCCGGGUUGUACAGAUUGAACAGUAAUAUAACCACAUUUAAGGAGAAAAAAAAAAGGGUUAAAAGAAAAAAGAGAAAAGAAAUGUAAUCAGACUGCUGGUCAAAUCAGGCAACUUCCCAUGGUCUUGAUCCCCUUUGCUUUAAAACUCAGCACAUGCAAUGCUCAACUUAUAGGUAAUUUAGAGUUUAAAUCAAAACAAAAUUUAAGGAAGCAUUUUCAAUCAUGACAUUGGCAAAUUCUUUUUUUUUUUAAGAUUUUAUUUAUUUAUCUGAUAGAGACAGUGAGAGAGGGAACACAAGCAGGGGGACUGGGAG